AUGUUCGCUUCAUUUUUCAGCAAAAAGUCUCGUCGGCCAUCUGAGACGACGCCACUUCUCGCGGCCAUCAACCGCUACCGUCGGCGCCAGAAUGGAGAGGACUCGGAAAGUGAGAACGAGCCAGAGGGCAUAGCGCAGUACGACGGCGACGAAGACGACGAAGACGAAGACCGCCAGCGAGACGGGCCCUUGCUGCCCGUCUUUUCUUCACAAGUUUUGGAUCGCAUCCCCAUCUACAACACUACGCACGCAAUCCGCAUAAUCCUCGUCCAGCGAUGCGAAACCACGCUGUCAUGGGACCAACUGCGCUCCCCGCAAGUGUCGCAAUUCCUCGUCAAGCCCAUCCAGCAGCAGAUUCGCUCCGACCAGUUCUCGCGUGGGCUGCUCUACUGCCUGCUCGCCAACUGCCUACAAUUCAAGAAGGAGGGAGAGGAGAACCCAGGCAAUGUGGGCGUCAGUAAGACACGGGCACUCAUAUGCGAGCUGCUGGCUAUGCGGCUGCUUAAGGAGUUCUCCACGCGGGAACUCAUCGAUGCCCUCUCCUACGACUUCGACCCUCUGCAGGGCAUGAUGGCGCAGGGACGGGGUAACAACACUCCAGGCGGCGCAAACUGGUCGCGACAGGCAUACCGUGCUGCGCGUAUCUCCACGCUCGAGAUUGCCAUUCGCGCCCAGGCGAAGAAGUUUCUUGCCCAUCCUCUGGUCGUACGCCAGCUCGAAGCCAUCUGGGCGGGCACUAUCGUCUUCCACUCCGCAGCCGACAGCCUACACCGGAAGCCAGACUCUCCCCAAGAGCGCGGGUUCAACGUCCGCGACGACCUUUCCCCACGAACGGGCCCCUCUCGUCGUAUGUCGCCUACCAAACCUGCGCCUCCCCUGCCUCCACCUGCCGCGCUUCUUCGGCGUACAGUGACCCUUUACGAUCCCCACGAUGCCUCCCUUUUCAAGCUUUCCCGUCUGCGUGUUCCUCGCUACCGCAACCUAUUCUCGACUCUCUCCUUCGCCAUCAUGCUGGGCCUGUUCCUGGCUGUGCUGGCUGAGAAGUCGGACGAUAUCACAGCACUCGAGGUUCUGUUCUGGUUCUGGAGUGCCGGAUACAUGCUUGACGAAGUGGUCGGUUUCUCCGAACAGGGCUUCGGCCUAUACAUUAUGAGUGUGUGGAAUGCCUUUGAUCUAGGUAUUCUCCUCAUGUUCAUGGCUUAUUACGUCUUACGUCUUUACGGAAUCCUCAUGCCCGAUGUCAGCCGUCAUGGUGUAGCUGCUAUGGCUUAUGAUGUGCUGGGAUCUACCGCGGUCCUGCUUUUUCCUCGACUCUUCUCGGCACUGGAUCACUACCGAUACUUCUCGCAACUGCUCAUCGCCUUCAAGAUGAUGGCUAUGGACCUGGUUGCAAUUCUAGUCCUUAUUGUCAUAAGCUGCAGUGGAUUCUUCGUCGCUUUCAGCCUGGCCUUCAAGAGAGAUCUCGGUGCUUCCGAUGCCGCAUACGCCAUCUUCCAGCUGGUGAUGGGUUUCACACCUGCCGCAUGGGAUCUCUGGGGCGAGGUUAACUUUCUUGGCAAAACUCUACUUGCUCUGUUCCUCUUCAUUUGUCACUUCCUCAUCGUCACCAUUCUUGUCACGGUUCUGACCAACUCUUUCAUGGCAGUCGUUAAGAAUGCUGAUGAGGAGCAUCAGUUCCUGUUCGCAGUCAACACCAUUUCUAUGGUCAAGUCGGAUGCGCUCUUCUCCUAUAUCCCGCCAACCAACAUCAUUGGAUGGCUGUUGAUCCCUCUCAAGUACACCAUGUCUUUCAAGAGGUUCCUACGCAUGAAUCGGCUUGUCAUCAAGCUGACACAUCUUCCCAUCUUGUUCAUAAUCUUCGUUUAUGAGCGUGUUCUUCUAUCGCAUCUAUCGUACGGUCCAACCGAUCUGGUCGAACAUCGGGGUCGGGCUGAAUCCAAAGCACCCGUACCCGCGUUCAGCAUUCGAGGCCCCACCGAAUUGUUCAGCCCUCGCCUGCGUGAGCCUUCUGUCACUACCUUUCAGAAGGACCAGGCACUCGAGGAGGUGUUCCGACGACCUUUUCGCGACCCCAGCUUCCAGCCUACCCCUCGCUAUCCGACACCUAGAAGGAACUCGGGUAAUGUUGUAUCGGAUUGGAUGAGGAAGAUGGGCGACGAUGAUGAGAACACACCACCUCAGGACGACUCACGAUCAGUUUUGGACCGACUUGAGGGGCCCAAUCGGCCAUAUCUGCGGCGAACGAAAACCGUCGGCCAGCCCAGGCGCCGGCACCCGCUCGCUACCAGGACGGUGGUUUCCGAUCCCGACGACGCCGCGACCCCGUUCACCCCAGCUAUUGCAGAGGAAGAAGAACCAGACCUGAGUUUAGCUAUGACCAUGGAAGAGGUGCCGCAGCAGACUGAUGCCGAUGGGGAUGACGAAGACGACGACGCAAGUACCGACCAGCAGGUCACUCCGCGGGUUGAAAAAAGUCAGAAAGAAAACAAGCCGCCUCAGACAGGAUAUGAGUCUUCCGAAGAUGAAUCUUUCCGUACGCCAAUGACUAUCCUGCCCAAGUCGCAAAGCCGUACACCAGCCAUUGUGGCCUCGCCUUCUGAUUCCAGCUUCAAAGCGAAAGCACCCCUAUCACCUGGCAAGAGGCGACCCAAAUCAGGGCACAACCGCAACACCUCCACAAGCACGAUUCUCUUCAGUCCAGUCAAGGAGACUAUGAACGUUUCCCGUGCUGCCUCCCCCGAAAAGCGACUGAGGACAAGCGCUCGCAGUGGGACAGCCACUGGUACAGCUACUCCCGGACGUUUGGACGGUUCAAGUGGGACAGGCGCCAAAACUCCGAAGCGUGCUAGUGUACCCCCUCCCGGUGUGGCUUCUCGUCCUCGCGCGAUUAUGCCACCACGUGGGAUGUCAUCCGACCUACUGUCUAAGAACAACUUGACACGUGAGCCCUCAUUCAACGCCAUUGCUCUAGAUCUCGCAUCAGAUCUUGGAGACAACAACCUCAACCCCAACUUUGGGAAUCUUAAUGGACUACCCGCGUCAUUCACCACGCAGUUUGAGAUGGCUGCUAGAAUGAAGGCGCAUCAGAUGCAGAAGGGUAGCGACAACGACUCGGACUCCAACCGUAUGAGCAGAAUUAUGCUUGCGCGGAUGACCACGCUUGAAGAAGGCUUCCGCGAUAUGCUUCAAGAAGUCAAGGGGUUGAAGCAAGGAGAGAGUCAGGUAGGCAGUCGCGGUACCCACUCGCCGCCGAACGAGCCGUCUACUAAGAAGAAGGGCAAAGCGAAGAAGAAGAUGAGCAUUAGACGAAGUGAUGAAGAGCCAAGGAUGGGUUCUAGCCUAUAA